CAAGAAGCAGCAAGCGAGGGCCGAAGGCGAGGCGGGGACAGAGGAAUUUGCCUGCUGCCGCCAUGGAGGUGGCGUGCAGUGUCCAGAGCUUGAGGAGCGUGAGGAACAUUCACCGCAUCUCCGUUUGGAAUGCUGCGCAAUUGGCUUUGUUGUCUUUCCGGGAGCAGGAGGAUAUGAGAAACAUCAUCGACGGCAUGGGCAGAUUGUCGGCCCAAGCUCAGCAUCUGAGAACACCAAUCACAGACUACGGUCGCCUGAAGGCCGGAUCUCACACCCUCUACCUGUGCACGACCGGAGUCCAAGGCAAGCCAGAGCUCGUCUUGGCCAAAGGAAUGCUGAAGGUCGGGAGAAAGAAUCUGUUCAUCCGGAAAGAUAACGGACAGCUCGUGGAGAUGUCCCCGCUCUGUGUGCUCGACUUUUAUGUCCACGAGUCUUGUCAGAGGAUGGGACUAGGCCACGAACUAUUUGAAACCAUGCUAUCAAAGGAGAAGGCGAGCGCACGUGAACUUGGUUAUGACAGGCCUUCAUCCAAAUUCCACUCGUUCCUUGAGAAGUAUUAUCACCUGACAGAAUUUCUACCUCAGGCAAAUCAAUAUGUGGUGUUCAAGGACUACUUCAACGUAGACCAGACUAAUAGCAAUGGUGCGUGUGCUCUAGACGAGAGGGGCAGAAGCCCAGGGACAGGGUUUUUGGAGAGCUCGGGCAAAAAGGACAAGGUACUGCACGGCCGGAGAGCGACCGUUUCCGAGUCCUCAAACUCUGAUGCUGAGUUUUGUCCGGCAAGGAAAUCGGAGCGUGAUGUUAAGGGGAGCCAUGACGUUGGGGUUGCAGAUCCUUGCACGGUCCAGCAGCAGCCGCCCUCUGGACGCAGACAAUCAAGACAUCACAUGGCGAACUUGCCAGUUGUAAACAAGGUACCUUGUCACUCAAAUUCAGUCGACACUCAAAGACACGUCCCGAGUCUUUCUUCCUCCACGGCUGCGAAUGACCGAGAUAGUUCGGGUGUGAGGAAACAUGCUGCUGCUGCUGGAGAGUAUAAGCCGAGUAUUCAUGGCAGACGGAGUACUCUGUCUGGUCCUUCCAAGUCCACCGAUGCGAGGAAAGCAUCCGAAAAAGCGUACGCUAGGUAUCCCAGCCCUCCGUGCCUUCCGAAGACCUUGGAGAAUGAACCCAAGGACGACAGCUGUUGCAAUCCCUACAAGUUUCCGAGAACAGAGAGCACACGAUCCAGAAUUUUUCACGAAGACUGCUUCGUGCAAAUUGCAAGGCCAGCAGCUCCUCCUCUCAAGUGCCCUUUCUGGACUGAAGAUGCACCCGCUUUCCGCACCAAAAAUUCGGACACUAUAGAUAAAAUCAACCUUCUUGCAUCCGCACCAGUUUCGUUCGAAAACACUAGGUCUUGUUAUCACGCUGGAAUGAAGGGCUACGGUGCGGCAGAAGCGAUGGGUUGGAGCAGUAGUCUCAUCAAGUAGAUCGAGCUCGAAACUGCGUGAAAGUAGCUUAGUCGAUGGCUGUUCCUUCCCGGUGUGCAUUUACUCUUUCUGCGAGAGCUUGAAUAGACUGUAACGAUGCGGAUCUAGAGUCUUUUGAUACCAAAUGCUUCGAAUCUCGGUCGCCCGUUGUUCGCUGAUCCAUGAGAUCAAGAGUCUUUGUGUAUGUCGAUGUCUUCAUGCAAGAUCGUCCCCAAAUCUCGACACUCUCUGCAUCUCUGAAGUUUAUGCUGGCAAUUCGGAACGCACUGUGUUCUCGGGUCGGAAAUUCUGUCCUUUCCACCGUUGUACAGAGUUGUACAGAGUCCAUGCGAUAAGCUGAGUGGACUGGCGG